AUGUCACAAUCGUUUGCCGUUCCUCUGGCAAAUACCAGAAACGUUACUAUCGUAGCUCAUGUCGAUCACGGAAAGACGUCCUUUGCGGAUAGUCUCUUGUCAUCCAACAAUAUCAUCUCAUCUCGUAUGGCCGGUAAAUUGAGAUUCCUCGAUUCAAGGGAGGAUGAGCAGGAAAGAGGUAUAACGAUGGAAAGCAGUGCCGUGUCUCUACGAUUUGACAUGAACAGAAUAGGUCCAGAUGGUACAGCUUCCACGUCAAAACAUCUGUGUAAUGUCAUUGAUACACCUGGUCAUGUCGAUUUCGCUUCCGAGGUAUCUACCGCAUCGAGAUUAUGUGAUGGUGCUUUGGUAUUGGUAGAUUGCUGGGAAGGUGUUUGUACACAGACAAUAGCGGUGCUCCGACAAGCAUGGGUAGACAGACUCCGUCCGUUGUUAGUAAUCAACAAGAUCGACCGACUGAUCACCGAGUUACAAAUGUCACCUUCAGAAGCAUAUCAUCAUCUCUCACAACUGAUCGAGCAGGUCAACGCAGUCAUGGGUUCGUUCUACGCAUCGGAGAGGAUGGAAGAUGAUUUGCGUUGGCGGGAAGAAAGGGAGAAGCGACUUGCAGCUCGAAAAUCAGCUCAAGAAGAACAGAACGAUAUUAACUCGGAAGAGAAUGAUGAUUUAUUGGAUAAAGAGUUUGAAGAGAAGGAAGAUGAAGAUAUUUAUUUCGCACCUGAUCGAGGAAAUGUCUUAUUCGCUUCUGCAAUAGAUGGAUGGGCGUUCAGAUUAGGUAAAUUCGCAAGGUUAUAUGCUGAAAAGCUGAAGAUCAGAGAAUCAAAUUUAAGGAGGGUUUUAUGGGGCGAUUGGUAUCUUGACCCUAAGACGAAAAGAGUAGUGGGGAGGAAGAAGUUGGCUGGGAGGAAUUUGAAACCACUCUUCGUGCAAUUCGUGUUGGAGAAUAUAUGGAGAGUUUACGAUACCGUUCUGAACCAACACGAUCCUGAGGCUACACAGAAGAUCGUGACUGCUCUGGGAGUGCGAGUAACACCUCGAGAUAUACGAUCGAAAGACACCCGAAAUCUUCUCAACAUCAUCAUGCAACAGUGGCUUCCCCUUUCCACCGCUACUUUCCAAGCCGUGAUCGACGUCAUUCCUUCACCGUCAGAUGCCCAAGCUAUCAGAUUACCAUACAUGCUCCAUCCGGAAAAAGCAGCCGCUUCCAAUACCGCUCUUACUGCUUCCAACGAAUUGGAGAAAGGUCUUUAUGGGUGCGAUCAAUCUGAAAAUGCCAAUGUGGUCGCAUACGUUAGUAAGAUGUUCGCGGUAGAACGAAGUGAAUUGCCAGAGUUCAAACCUAAAGAAAUGACUGCUGAGGAAAUGAGACAGCGAGGAAAAGAAGAGAGGGAGAAAAGAGCAGCAUUAUUAGCUAGUCGUCAGGAGAUCGCCAGCACAGCAAACGGAAUACCUUUACCUGAAAAUGGUGAAGACCUCAUAAAACCUUUAGAUGCGAUAUCUCUGAUUGAUAAAGGUACAGAAACUCCAUUGAUACCGAUAGAUGAAUCCUCAGAAGUGUUAUUAGGGUUUUCAAGGAUUUUCUCAGGUGUAUUGAGGAGGAAUACACCUCUUAUAGUCACUUUACCAAAAUACGAGAACGACCUCGGUCCGACUCACCCUAGAAAUGCUAAGCAUGUCUUCAAGGUAGUGGCGAAGGAUCUGUACAUGAUGAUGGGCAGAGAAUUGGUCUCGGUGGAAGAAGUACCUGCAGGUCAUGUUUGUGCCAUUGGUGGAUUGGAGAGAGUGGUACCGAGGAGUGCGACGUUAUGGGCACCGAACGCACAAGGAGUGGAGGAUUUGAAGGAAGAUACAGAGCUAGUCAAUCUGGCUGGUGUCAAUUUGCUGUCUGCUCCAAUUGUUCGAGUCGCCCUUGAGCCCGAGAACCCUAGUGACAUGCCCAAACUAAUCAGAGGUUUGCAAAUCCUCAAUCAGGCUGAUCCAUGUGCGGAAUACCUUGUGCAAGAGACAGGUGAACAUGUGAUCAUCACUGCAGGAGAAAUUCAUUUACAGCGGUGCAUCAAAGACCUACAGGAGCGAUUCGCGAAGUGCCCUAUACAGCAGUCUGCUGUAAUUGUUCCCUUCAGAGAAUCAGCAGUUAAAGCCCCAGAUAUGUUACCACCGAAAACGGCAGGUGCGCCGAGAGGUACAAUCAAUGGAUCAAUCUUGAAUGGAUUGGUCACCUUCACUAUACGAGCUAUACCUCUACCACCUGCGAUAAUAGAAUUCUUGCUUUCGCACACUAGCACAAUCGGUUCUAUGUUGGUUCAGAAACGAGAUCAGUCCAACGAAGAUGAGGACAACCAGGAAGAACGGGAUGCAGGUGAAGGAGGUGCUGAGCAGAGCAGAAUCCUGACACCGGAACAGUUCUGGAGUGAACUAGAGGGAUUGAUGAAUAAAGCUGGCGCUGAUUGGGCGGGCGCAGCUGAUAGAGUCUGGUCGUUCGGACCCAAGAGAAUGGGUGCGAAUGUAUUGUUAGAUCCUGCAGGGAAGAGUCAACUUCGUCUUCGAGGUAAAGAAAAGUUAUUCGCCGAUGCUCGAGCUGAAGGACAAUCUGCCGAUGCGGCCCUACAAACUGCAGACAACGCUUUAGCGCAAGAUCAAUUAGCUUCGAUAGCUUCUGCAAACGAAGCGGAUGAUAGUGCUCGAGCGGAACUGAGGUUGUUGAGGGAUUUCGAAAAUUCUAUCGAAGCUGGAUUUCAAAUGGCCACUUUCCAGGGGCCCUUAUGUUCCGAACCUGUGGUGGGUAUGGCAUGGGUUGUGGAGAAUGUCGAGUUGAAUAAAGAGGAAUUCGAAUCUGAACAAGGUAAAGGGCGAACUGCAGCUGUCACAGGAGCGUUGAUCUCAUCGGUCAGGGAUGCAUGCAGAGCGGGAAUGUUGGAUUGGUCGCCUAGGAUCAAGUUGGCGAUGUACACUUGUGACAUUCAAGCUUCGACCGACGUGCUCGGUAAAGUCUACGCGGUAGUAGCUAGAAGAAGAGGUAGGAUAGUUUCCGAAGAGAUGAAAGAGGGUACUUCCUUCUUCACGAUCAGAGCGAUGUUGCCUGUAGUAGAAAGUUUCGGUUUCGCAGAUGAAAUCCGUAAACGAACAUCCGGAGCGGCAUCACCUCAAUUGAUCUUCUCAGGAUUUGAAACGCUAGACCAAGAUCCAUUCUGGGUACCUACCACCCAAGAAGAGCUCGAAGAUCUAGGUGAGAAAGCAGAUAGAGCCAAUGUGGCUAAAGGGUAUGUGGAUGGUGUUAGGAAGAGGAAAGGGAUGUUCGUGGAGAAGAAGAUUGUGGAGUUUGCUGAGAAACAGAGGACUUUGAAGAAGUAA